ACGGGCGCGAGUAGCUAGGAGGCGUAGUCGGCUUUGUUUAUACACGGAAGAUAGUAGAUAUAUAGAUAUAUUUUACUUCUGUAGAUGUUUGUUUCUAGUGGUGACUAAAGCUUUAGUAUGUACGCUAAUGGAUGUGUUGCCGAUGUGGCAUUUUACUGUAAGGUUUAUUUGUAGCGAUAACAAAAUUGAUAGCUAACCUAACUUUAGCUACCUUGUAUGCUAAUUCGGAAAUGGCGGGCAGCUAAAAGUUAGCUUAAUUGAGUUUGGUUAGCUGGUAGGAAACUUCUGGUCACACAACACAACAAUGGAAAGCAAAACGUCGCACUUGGUCAAAGGGAGGAAGAAGCUGAGAUACUUCACAAACGACGAAAGGUCGCUACCAAGGAUACAGGAUGUCUUUUCAGUCGGUGACAUCGAUGUUUUUUUGGAUUACUCCUCUAAAACCAAACUGGAUAGUGGAUUUCUAACCUCAUUACUACCCAAGGGCACACCAGAGGCAGAAACGAAGGAGAAAGAAGCACCGCAGGAAGAAGAAGGUGUUGCCCUUCCAACCGAAGAAAAAAACAUAGUAGAUGGGUUAACGGAUAAAGAGAGUCCAUUUAAAGAUAGUGCCCCAUUAAAGACUUCCAGCCCCAUCAUUGUGGCGGCGGAUAUCCAUGUGGAUGAAGGUGAAGCAAAGCUUUUGGCAUCACCCGUGCUCUUUCCCUACGACAAUGAGGAUCCCAUCGAAGGCAACAUGGACAAGCCCCUCUCUAUCCUGACAGAGAGCAUAGCCAAGGAGGCCUCACUUCAUGAGACGCUCAUUCUGACCCCACCGAAGAGGUUUACACUUGCUGUUGAGACCAAGUCCCCAACGCUCACCCCAGUGAAAAACCGUGUGAAUCGUGAAGAAAAGAAUUUGUCUGGUGUGCUGGAAAAUCACACUCUGACAGAGGUGAAAAUGAAUGAGGAGCCGGGUUCCUCGGUGUCACCUGUAGUUUCGACUCAGACUGCAGUCAUUAAGGAGCCAGAGUCCACCCAGAAGGCACCUAGUGUGGCCGACGAUGGAUCUUUCCAGAAGAAACUCAGAGAGUUUUUGAUGCCUAGGAACAUGGAAAGCAGUGCGAGGAUGCCAACACCCGCCAGGGCCCCGUCGCCGCAGGAGCUGGACGAGGACGAGGACUUCUUCAUCCUGGAAGACGACGCUCCGCUGCUCUUCAGCCUCAAGCCGAAGGCCCCGACCAGCCGUUCGGCCAGGCAGCCCAGCAAGAAGGCCGAGGCCCAGGCUCAAACGGGGAGCGACGCUGGAGACGGAACUCCGGCUGGGACGGAGAAUGAGCCUGGAGCCCGGGUCAAGGCAGCAGGGGCAGCUCCCACACCGGCACCCCCAGCCAAAGCCUCCGCCGUCCCGAAGAAGAGGGGCAAGCAGAGCAAACAGACUGCAUUGAGGGCAGCGCCGGAAGAAGGAGGACCUUCCGAGGAGCCCUGCGAGGUCGGAGGCCGCUCAGCGAAGGGAGUUCCAGCGGAGGCUUCGUCCAAAGCACCGGCUGCUCAGAGGAAGACGGGCAAGCAGAGAGGACGAAAAGGAGCUGCAGCAUCAGCUACUGCUGCAGAGCCACAUACAGCAGCGGAUGCAGAUCCUGAUGCUGAUGCUGGCGUUGACAUGGCAUCCACAAGGCCUGAGAGAAGGCCAGCAACGCCCAUAUCAGAAGCCUGCAGUCCCACAGCUGCCGAGGAUGAUCAAGGAGACUAUGGUUGUAGUCCAUCCCCAUCACCCUCAGUGGAGGUGCCACAACAGACAGGUGGAUCAGUUAAAAAGUCAGCCAGUAAGAAGGCAAAAGGAAAGCCCUUCCUGAGCAAAAAGAAGAAAAAGAAGCAACUGUCUCGGACAUCGGAGAUGUUUGCGGUCAGUUGUUCUCCAGGACUGAAAUCGGACACAAAAACAAGCAAAGCUGCAUCCAGCACCACAAGACCGGAAACCACAGCCAAGUCUCCUGCCGCUCCUGCAGCCGUGUCGUCGAAGAAGAGCCAGAAGGCACCGAGUAAAAAGGAGAAGAAGGCGAAAGAGAGCAAGGUGACGCGGAAGCAGAAGAGACCAGCUCCGGUGCCGUCUGAGGAAGAGGAAGGACACCGGGACCAGUCCAGAGGAGAGGAGGCUGAAGCCACAGAUUAUUCUGAGGCUGGACGACAGGACCCUUCGCAGGACCUUUCUGGCCACUCUGCUACGGGCAGACGCAAGAGGAACAGGCCAGGGAACUGGUGGUCGAUCAACCCGGAGAGGGAGGACGAGGACGACUUCAGUCCUCCGAAGAGGCGGAAAGACGGCAAAAGGGAAGACGGGAAGAAGCCGAAGAAAACAGGAAGGCCGCAGAAGGAGGCCACUGCAUCCCUCACGCAAGACUCCACCGAUGCCGUAGAGAAAGGAACGAAAUCUCCAGCCAAGUCGCCACGACAGCAAACGGGCGGGAAGGCAACUCUGAAAUCUAGACAGAGAAAGGUCAAAGGUGACGGCCAGGCUGGCCAGAAGAGGCCCCAGACUGGUAAAGGCAGACGGAAGAGGCCGCAGGAAGAGGCUAUGUCUGCUCCAUCCAAUCAACUCGAGGAGGAGGAGGCGGAGUCUGACCAAGCUGGACCAGAGCUACAGGUCAACAUGUCAUCAGACGCUCCUGCUGAGCCAGAGCAGCGCCUGCAUGCCAGCAGAGGCGAUAGUGGAGCCGAUGCUCCUCAGCCGCAGGGAAGAACCAAGGGGAGAGCGCGGGGGAAACCCCCCGGCAACUGGUGGGAAAGCCAGCCGCAGCCUCAGCCAGAGCCGGAAUCAGAGGAAGACAUCGUCCCGUCGCCGUCGCAAUCACCCCCGCGCCCGGCCCCAGUGCCCAGGGCCCGCGUGCCCACCCCGGGCAUGCCAACGGCAGAGCUCCGCCUCAGGCGGCAGGGAGGGGCGAAACUCGGCAGCGGCUCUCGGAAAGCCCGCGCCCAACUCGCGAAGAAACCGCUGGCGCAGCACGCGGGGACCCCAAAGACCCUCAAAGGCUCCCUGGCGGCCUUCGGCGCCAUCUACUCGGUGGGCACGUCUCACGGCAGGAACGCGGUCGUGCAGAAAGUGCGCAAGAACUUGCUGAACUCUCUGGAGGACAGCAGUAACCGGUCGAACGACCACACGUCCAUGGACGGCAGCAGCCAAGAGCGGCUGAACUGUGACGGUGGACACCAGGAAGUGUGCGGCCGAGUUUCGAACUGUGUUGGUCUGGAGUCGGUGAUGCGAGUGAAGAAUGGAGACGUGUUUCCUGCUUCAGAUUGGCCCCCACACAAUCUGGGUGUUCCGGGUUUAAAAAGUGGACCUUCCUCAAUGAUUCAACUACAAAGUUAUGAGGAGGAAGAGGAGGAGGAGGAGGAAGAACGAAACUUGUCGAGGACCUUGCUGGUCCCAAUGGCUCUGUCAGAGGGAGACAUCUGCGGGCCUCAGCUGCGACCUUUAACCCUGAUGCCUGACGACUGGAAGAACCUCACCUAUUGGCUCAGAGAAGUGUGGAGGACCAACGUCAAAUCCAACGGUCAGCUCGUCACAGCCGACCACUUCCACUGGUACACGCACGAGGGCAGGGCCCUGGGCCACAAGUUCGACCUGGUGUGCAACUCCUACGCCAACGGCAAGAUCCUGCUGGGCUCCUACAUGCACAAGCCGGCUCAGGUGGACCAGCACACGACCACAGUUUUUAAUGUAUAUACAAGCUCUGUGCGCGUGCAAAUCAAGGAUCUCAAGUCUGAAUACAUCCCUGGGCAAGCAUUCGUAGUCCCUCGAGGGCAGUCGUACAGCAUCCAUAACCUGACUCCAGUGCCCGCCAUUCUCUGGUAUCAUCGGAUGUUUGCAAAUAUAAUGGAGGACUCUUGAACCAGGGCCGUCUCUUGUACAGGAUACAGACUCUUGUAAAGUUGGUCUUUAAUAUUUUACCCUCACAAACCUUCUCAUUUAAAGCUUGUCAAAGUUGUGAAGUAUCACAGCUUUUGUAUCGAAGGUUGUAGACUCUUAAUAAUAGAAUGAGCUCUAAGCUCAAGCUAUCAAAAUUUUUUUUGUCUGCUUUAGCCAUGAAAAUGAUAUCUCUUAUUAGAGAAGUCUUGUGCUCAAUAAAAAAAAAGAAUGUGUUUUUAUAUUUGUAAAUUAAAAAACAAAACUUAAAACUUAAUCUUAUGCCUUGAUUUCAUCGUCCCACCAC